AUGACUGAGAGAGAAGAAAAGGAGUUAAUAAAAAAGCGAGCUAGUUUUAAGGGUCGCCUAACUGCAUUCGCUAAUUAUCUAAAUGAUUUGAACCAGUCAUUGAGCCAGUCACAGGUAAAUGAGUUGCAGAUACGAAUAAGUAAGAUUGAAAAGUUGUAUGACCAAUAUGACGAGGUGCAAUUGCGUCUCGAAUGUUUAGUCGAUGAUGUAAACCUGCAAACACUAGAAAGAAAUGAUUUUGAAACAUUAUAUUAUAAGCAUCUCUCUUAUGCUCAAGAUAUUCUUUCACGUAACAUUAAAAAUGAAGUCUCUGGUAGUGAAGUUUCGUCACAUUUAAGCAGUCGUAAACAAGUUGAGUUGCCCACGAUAAACCUUCCAUCAUUUAAUGGAGCUUUUGAAAGUUGGAUCGAAUUCAGGGACACUUUUGCUAGCCUUAUUCAUACGAACGAUGAUAUGGACGAUAUCAAUAAAUUUCACUAUCUUAGAGCAUCGGUUUCCGGAUCAGCAUCUACUGUCAUUCGAUCUGUUGAGUUUUCUGACUCUACGCAGUUUAUAUCUCGACGAGGAAAACCCAAACACAUUUACUCGGAUAAUGGUACCUCGUUUGUCGGUGCAUAUAAUGAUAUUGGCAAGUUUUUAAAAAGUAACUGCCAUUCAUUGCCUGCGAACAUGGCCAACGAAGAGAUUAAUUUUCAUUUCAUUCCCCCUUACUCUCCACACUUUGGAGGACUCUGGGAAGCGGGUGUUAAAUCUAUUAAAUAUCAUUUUCCUAAAGUACUGGGCAAUUGUAACCUUACCUAUGAAGAGUUGAACACUGUUCUGGUACAAAUAGAAGCCGUAUUAAAUUCACGCCCGCUCACCGCUAUUUCAUCCGAUCCCAACGAUCUUCAGCCAUUGUCAUCAGGACACUUUCUCAUUGGACGUCCGUUGACCGCGAUUCCUGCUUCAAACUUUAAAAACUCCUGUACUAGUUAUUUAAAUCGAUUCCAACGAAUCGAACAACUACGACAACACUUCUGGACCAGAUGGAGUAAGGAGUACAUAAGUGAACUGCAGGAAAGAGUAAAGUGGCGAUUAAAUCAUUCAUCUCUCAAAGUAGACAGUCUCGUCAUCUUGAAAGAAGAACAUCUGCCACCACUGAAGUGGAAACUGGGCCGUGUUGUAGCAGUUUAUCCUGGUUCUGAUGGAAUCACUAAAGUGGCAGACAUUAAAACUUUGAGUGGAGUCGUUCGAAGAUCCUGCAGCAAGAUUUGCCCACUUCCUGACGUAGACACUUCUGGUUGAAAGGGAACCGGGGUCAUGUUCAUACCUACGCCUGUUACAGGUUUUAAAGCAAGAAAUGGAUUAAUCGAACCCAUUCACACUUGUAAUUACCAUAGGCGUUCUAUGUUUUUCGGCCGGGUAGGAGUACAGGGACUAACCUAUUGUCAUUCAUAUCUUAUCUAACUCCAGUCCUAGAUGCUGGUGGACAAGUUGAAGCCGCGUACUUCGACUUUAGAAAGGCAUUUGACACAGUUGAUAAUGACAUUUUACUCAGAAAGUUCGCUGCGAUAGGCUUUACUCCUCAUCUUUUGAAAUUCUUCGCUAAUUACCUUGGCGAUCGCAGACAGUAUAUUGAAUAUGCCGGUUAUGAAUCUCGCCUAUACCUCACUUUAUCAGGUGUGAGUCAAGGAAGUACACUAGGACCAUUAGAAUUCAUUAUCAUGGUUAAUGAUCUUCCAUCAAUCAUCGUAGAGUCGGAAUGUCUUUUGUUUGCUGACGACCUCAAGAUAUUUCGGUCCAUAGCUGAUACAUCUGAUUCUGAGCGUCUCCAACGAGAUAUUGAUAGAGUUGUGCAGUGGAGUGAGAGCAACAAGCUGUAUUUAAAUGUGGUCAAAUGCAAUGUGAUAAGCUAUAGCCGUGUACGAGCACCACUCAACUAUCAGUACAGGAUGGAUGCCGUGAUCAUACCGCGAGUUAUUUCUUUACGGGAUUUAGGAAUCCAGAUGGUAGCAGAAUUGACCUUUCGUAAUCACAUUAUUGACA